AACAACCUCCGCGGCACUGUGCCAGUAGAAGGUGUCCGAGACGAGCUAGCCGGCACAUAACAAACGCCACACGCGCAGGUCGUCGACCAGCCGCAGCACCACGGCCUCGUCCAGCGCUAUGCACAACCAUAACCGGAACUGGUUCUCGCCCCGGACCGUUAUCAGGCCCCGCGUCACUCCGCUCGUGCACGCCGCCCGCCACCGCCAUGAAUACGCCGUUGGCCGCCAGCAGCGGCUCGAGUACCGUCAGUGUUAGCUGUAGCGCGUACGGGACUGCCGCCGUCGCCGACGUGGCUGCUGGCUUUGUCGUGGCGGAGGAGCGGGACGGCGCCAUGGUUUCCGGUCCUCGCGUCGCAUCUUUUGUUGGGCCUUGGUUCCAGUCGGACGCAACGCAGCUGGGUGCCCAGCUUAGCCUUCCAGAACAGACAAGCUGUGAGCGGCAGCCGUUCAAUCAGCGUUUUGGGUUCUGGUCUUUGCCUUGGUUGAAGACAAACCUGGAACACAAUACUCACUCACCGAUGCUGCCGGCGCCAGGUCUGGAAACGGCCUUUGUUGUGGUUCCGAUUGCCUGGCGAGGGGCGGGGAAGCUCGAACAAGUAUCCCCGUCAGCUGCAGCUGAGAGUUCACGUCGCCAAGCCAUGUCGAGAGCGAGGGGUCCAGUAGUGUCUGUUUCCCACCCUGACCAGGUUUGUCGAGGGUGGUCUCGGCAAUCCUUCUCUGGCUUGUGAAUGCCCCCCUAGCCAACCAGCGAUUUCACGUGUUGGAUGCUACUUACCGACUGAGUCCAGGCACAGCUGCCUUCUCACCCCUCCCCCCAAGCCAGGAAUGAUUCUAGAUCUUGAAGA